AGCCCAAAAAGGGUACCCGACAGCCUUCCUUGGAGAAACCGGUGAGAUAAGCUUGAUUUCUCCUUCUUUUCUUGCUCUAAAACACAUAAUGGAACCCAGAAAUUCUCCCCCCUGCAGGAAGCUUCCAGAUCUGCUCUGCUCUUCCCUCUGCUGUCCGCCGGCUGCUCUUGUUGUGGGUGCGAAUUCUGGGCAUUUUUAGAAUUUUCCUUCCAUGCCGCCGGCUCUUCCCCAAAUUGCAGCUCCGGCCUUGCUUGCUGGAUUCUGGUUUCCGAUCGUUCUGUCAGUUAGCACUAAGAUUGAGUGCUCGGUUUUAUGCGAGUGAGGAAAUGAAACCGAGGACGAGGAAACCAUGGGAAGUGACGAGUUAGAAAGCUAACCAUUUUGAGAUUGAUAUAGGUUUUAGAAAUAAAUUAUGAUAUGUAAACCAAAGUGGAUUUGGAGAUUUUAUGAUAUUAAAUUUUAAAGAUUUGAUCUUCAGAUUUUGGUGGUAUCAAAGUAUGAUAUGAUAAGUUCCGAGCCUUGUACAUUUGUGGGACCCUCUCACAAGUGCACGGCGUCUGUCGCGCCUCAAAUUUGGGUUUUGGAGCGUGACAGUUCAACUAUGUUUCCUUCCUUUUUAGUUUUUAUUUUUGGUUUGUACUUUCCCAUUUUGUAAUAAGAAAUGCAUUUCUUUUCC